AUGGCGUUCCACUUGAGUUUUAACUCAAUAUCUUUCAUUUUGAUGUUGGUGACAGUCGUUUUUUUGAUCUUGUCGUGUAUCACGUCACCCGUAACGUCGUUCAGUUUAGGUAGCACUUCAAGCUACAGGUAUGGGAUAUUUGGGUACUGCCAGAGCUCGGGAUCAUGCUCGAGUUCUAGUUAUCCCUAUGAGCUCAGUAAGAUUGAUAAAUCGGCUGGUUGGCUUUUGGCUCCUUCUACAAGAGAUACAUUGGCUAAGGUGUUCAUAGUUUGUCCUAUUGCUGCCGGGAUUUCGUUUAUUUGCUUAGUGUUUGUUUUGUUAUCCCACUUUUUGUCGACGGGGAUGAUUAUUUUGACACUUAUUUUGAAUAUUUUGAGUUUUAUCGCGACCGCUAUAAUUUGUGUUAUAGUGAUUAUUACAUUCCAUCCGUUUGUUGAGUGGGCAGCAUGGAUACUUGUGGGUGCUGCUGCUGCAAGUUUGAUUUCAGUCGCGUUAAUGAUUGCAACGUUAUUCCACAGAAGACCAAAUGUCGAUGAUGAUAAGGAUAGUGAGGAUGUUGAUCUUACUAAGUUUGACAAUGACUUUAAUACAGCUGGCGGAAUCACACUCACUAACCCUCAUGAUGAAACGAGCUCUCUUAGUAAGGAUUAUCAAUUCAAGGUCCAAAGACCACCCCAACAAAAUGUAAUGGGAUCCAGUGUGAGUAGCUCUAGUGUUUACGAAUCGCCUCAAUCAGCACACGAUUUUACCAUGCAAAACAAACAAUCUAGUGCAUCGCUUAACGCUGGUCAAGGUAAGAAACCAUACUACGACGAUACUGGUGUUAAUUUGGUGAAUGGUCCAAAUACCCCUAUUCAAACUAGACAACAGAUGGCUCCAAAUGUGGUACCGAAAAUUGCAACCCCAACCAUGAAUGACGCGCCUAUGUCUACCGUCCCGCAAUUGCCUUAUCCCUCCAAUAACUCUCCCUUGAAUAAGCCAGCUUAUAAUCCAACUGACUUAAGUGUCUUUGAGCAUCAUCCAGUUGUGGAAGGACAUAAACCUUUUACUGAACUCGCUGAUGAUGGUGGUACGAACCAACAUCAGUUUCAUAGAUCUGAUGAGUUGGAUUCAGAUGUGGAUUCAGAUUUUACAAGUGUCUCGCAAAGGGCUAUUAAUCCGAAAUAUAACCCUCAUCAAUUUGAGCAACCUUCCUAUGGACAGUACCCACAACUGCAACAUUAUCAACCCCUGUUUCAGCAAAAUCAAACAUCUAUGCCGCCACCAAAUCCCCAACAGCAAUAUUACUCUCCGCAACCACAAUUUUAUCCACAAGGUCAAGCACCAGGUGCUAGGGCUGCUCCUGUCCAAAAGAGGCCGACAGUGUCAGAUAAUGUUUUAUCAAAUAACCCAGAUUUUUCAUUGGGUUUAGGAGGAGCUAAACGUAAGGGAGGUUAUCCAAAUCGAUCUGCAGGUCCUAGGCCUCUUGGUAAUAUGCCUCCUGGUGGGAGACCUGUCGCUAACAGGCCUCCUCCUAACAGGUAUAAUCAACCACAGCUGUCUUUCCCUCAGCAAAACGCUAGAAUCAGUGACAGACCAACAGCUUCUAAAGACAGUCCAUAUGGAAUGAUCUGA